ACGUGGCGCGUACCAGUUUCACGUGAUCGCAAGCCUCUACGUUUCCGUCGUGGAAAAUUGUUCGUCUUAUUUUUUACAUCUUGGAAAAGCCUUAAACUCCUGAAAAUCACGUCUGAGAUUUCACUUUCAAGAGGUCUAACGUGUUUGCGGUUUAUCACGUCUUUGAAAGUAUCUCGAGUCGAUUUCUCGUCCUCGUGCACGAGGACGUUUCCGAGAUUUCAACUUGGAUUGUUUAUUUUCCCCUUUCUCACCUCUCUCAGUUAACCCUUUCAUUUCGAGUUACUUUACGUUCAAGCUUAUCACGAACUUCCAACAUUACCAAGGACUGUAACGUGUCAGUAAGGACUCGAGACACAGACGCGACCAGACGUACCAACCUAAUUACUCAACUACCUUUCUAUCAACCAACCCCUACCAACCAUCUAUUUACCUAUCUUCCACCUACGUACAGGAACAGCGAAUAGGCGAACCUGUCGUGCGUAAACCAAAGUCUUUCUCAAGUUUGAAGAAAGUACCGGUGGUCUCACGUUUCGAAUAAUCAGUGAAGACAAACGUACGAGCAGUUAAGUUACCUUCGAGGAGAACUUCAGACAUAUUAAAUUUAAAGAGAUCAAGCAAGAAACAACCGGCAAGAUUACCGGACGCGGCGGCUGCGCUAAGUAUUGCGGCACUGCUCCAUCACCCGGCAACAUUUCAUUCUCCAGCUUCCGGCAAUCUUUCACCUCCAAUGUCAACUACUUGAAACGGAGGUUCUCGUCGGGCGACUUAAGUUCCGAACUUGAUGAUGAGCCGAUCUCUGAAUCUGGGAUGGCCACCCUGGGCCGUCAGGACUCGUCCCAACCGUAUCAAGGUGUCCCAGAUAGACCACUUCAGUCCCAGCCUGCACCUACACCACCACCUAAUCAACCACCUGUGCCAGGGGCACCUCCUCCCAGUAGUCAACAACCCGGUGGAGGUGACCUGAGCCUGAACCUGAGACCCAGUUCAAGGACAACCAGUGCUCCAUCAUCGCCAGCUAAAACACGGGAAAGCUUGCUCCAAAGGGUGCAGAGUCUGACUGGUGCCGCUCGUGAUCAGGGUGCAUCUAUCCUGGGAGCAGCGGUGUCGGGUGCAACUCGUGGACCUUCUUUCAACAAGGAUCGUUGCUUCACCCUGCUGGUGAUUGACGAUCAGAACACCGAUUGGAGCAAAUACUUCCGGGGUCGUCGAUUGCACAACGAUUAUGAAAUUCGUGUGGAGCAAGCUGAAUUUCGGGAAUUGUCACUCACAGCCAGCGAAGCAGGCGCCAUUGUUUCCAUGGCCGUUUUUCGUAACGGGACCAAGGUCAUCCGAUCGUUUAAACCGGAUUUUGUCCUUGUACGUCAAAAUUUACGUGAUGCUGGUGAAGACUACAAGAAUCUUCUUCUGGGUCUGAUGUAUGGCGGUGUUCCCAGUGUCAACAACCUGACGGCCAUUUACAACUUUCAGGACAAACCUUGGGUCUUCGCGCAUCUUUUGGGCUUGCAGCGUCGUCUUGGCAAAGAAAAUUUUCCACUGAUCGAUCAGACUUACUACCCGAAUCAUCGUGAAAUGGUGAGUGCAUCGCGUUAUCCAGUGGUAGUGAAAUUAGGACAUGCUCACAGCGGCGUUGGAAAAGCUCGUGCCGAAACCAAUCAUGAAUUUUUGGAUCUUGCUUCGUUAGCUGCCCUGGCAAACACUUAUUGCACUGCAGAGCCAUACGUGGACACAAAAUACGACGUCCACGUUCAGAAGAUUGGAAAUAAUUACAAGGCCUUUAUGCGUAAGAGUAUCAGUGGAAAUUGGAAAUCGAACACAGGAUCAGCUAUGCUGGAACAGCUUGCGGUUACAGAAAGACAUCGCUCUUGGGUCGACCAAGUGGCUUUAUUAUUCGGCGGAUUGGAUAUCUGCGCCAUUGAGCUACUAGUCGGCAAAGAUGGUCGAGAGUACAUCAUAGAAGUGAAUGAUAGUGCGUUAUCAUUAAUGGGCGAUUCUCAAGAGGAAGACCGUCGUCACAUUGCUGAUCUGGUUACCGCAAAGAUGCAGGCCUGCUGUCGACCACCCAGCGUCCUAACCAAGACAGCCUCAAGAGGAUCAAUGUCCGGCUCCAGUCAAGCUAGCAGCCCAGUAGAAGAUCGUCCACCAGCAGUACCAGCACCAUUGGGAUCCCAUGGUAGCAUGGGAUCCAUGACAAGCAUGGGUAGCUUAGGCUCCAUGGGCUCGACAACUGCCCUUGCGGGUGACGUCACUUCCUCCGAUAGUCAUCAUCAGUUGCAACGCCGCGACUCUCAAGCUUCACAAUCCAGUACCGUCAGCAGUGCCACGUCAGUUAGCAGACGUCAGGAAGAACCAUCUAUUCCAAGAGUUCCCUUCCAUCGUCAGGGUAGCCAAUCGCAGAGUCAAGGUGAAGAUACCGAAGACACUAUGAAGAAUCUUCGAAAGACUUUCGCCGGUAUUUUCGGUGACAUGUAAGAUGACAAUGAAGGAUGGUACCGUAUUGUCCGCAAGACUUUACGAUUGUUCGGACGAACGAACGUCUUGUUGACAAUAACUAUAUUGUUGUUCAAAGACGCGAGGCGGGUCGAGUUACUAUUGCGAAUUGGUUGGCGAUAAAGUAUGAAAUCUCGUAUCAUUAUUUCUCGAACCGUUUCGCGCAAUUGCCUUGAUGACGGAAGCAAUUAAGACACUUGUCAUUUGGUCCUACGAAAACGCUUUAGCUUUCAUGCAACACGCAAUCGUGUAUAUGUAUUUGCAGAUUAUCGGCAGAUGCGAUUUUAUCAGUGCUUUUAUGAGCGACAAUACGUUGGGUGUUUAUAGCGAUUCGGAUGUGAAAUCCAUGUCAAUAUACAGAAAUUGUUUUAUAACAGUGUCAAAUGUCAGAGCGAGUUAAUCGUGGAAACAUUUAUUAGCGACUGUGUCUUUGUGAUACGAUUAAAUGGCCAUUACGGAGUGAAAAUCAUGAGAAUAAAUAUAAUAGCAAUUGUUUGAUAUAUGUAAUCAUUUUGCUAUUAAAAUACGGAUAGUUGUCUCCAAAGACGAAUAUUGUUUGCAGAAAGAUAAUUUAUUAAUUUUUAAUAUAUGUUAUGUAUUAAUAGGUUAAACAAGUAAUUGAAUUAUUAUGAUUCAUACGAUUGCUAUAUUCAAUUUUAUUAGAAGAAACGAAGUUAAUACAAAGCUAAUGUACUUAAGGUUUUCUUAGAAAUGUAUUUUCCACUUAACCUUUGACCUUCUAUUUUGACUCUCGUGCAUUUAUCUUAAUAUUCAAAGUUAUCGUGGAGUAUCAUCAUGGAAUUAAUCACAGUUUGGAGCGGAUAUGAAGUGUCCAAUUACUCAAUGUCUCUUUCUCCAUUUUCUGGCACUAAAGUUUCUUUCAAGUUUAAUACAAUUAUUGGAACUCUAAUCAUAAUUAAUCACAUAGUUAAAUAUUGUUGAGAAUGCAAGAGGUUAAUUUUCCUUGGAUUUCCGUUACGUUGGAUCUAAUAAUAUUUCUUGUAAUUAAAAAGCACAAUAAUGCCUUUUACUUUGCUUAGCAUAUUUUUCUGAAAAAUGAAAUCUAUGAAUUAUGAACACAAAUUUCCUCACUGCUGGUUAUAUCAAUGGCAAUUUUCCAUAAUAACUUUUAUAUGACAGAAGUGUUUCAUAAACACUGAAUGAUCAAAUAAUGAAAACACCGAUAGCAAUCUUGAUUACACAUUCAACAUCUCCUAAAAAAUAAUCACUGAUAAACAAAAUUAAAACAGAAAGUAAUUUAGGGAACUAUUGAAAGAAAGUAAACGCAACUGAUAGAAUACUUUCCACAGUUGAGCAUCUUUAUUAUCAUUAUUACAAUUUAAUACCUAAUAGGCGACCUUAAAAAAAAAGUUGAUCUUUCUAAUGGAACUGAUAUAUCCGUUGCUGCCAGAUGAACGACGCCCGUAUUUUAAGCGCACAAGUAGUUUUUAAGAUAUUAUGGAGCGAAAGGUUGAAGAUGAACAUCUCAGAGUUGACAGGUCACACGAUGACUGAAUUAAAAUAUGAGAGUGAAAAUUUGUUAAUUGUUUAAGCUAUAAAUACGUAUAGAUACACAUCGGGCAAUCAAUAGUAAGAUCAAAAGAGUGAAGUUUCAGUCGUGGCAGCAUUCGCAGCAUAUAUUAGAUAAUCUAUAUUAUCGCUAAUCAUUACAAUUAUAUGACAGAAAAUUUCGCACAUACCUGAGUUGAAUAAUUACUUGCAAAUUUCACUGACAGCGGGUCAUCGAAAUUGCUGCACAGGAUGACCCGGCUGAUCUCGGUACGCGCAAAAACAUCAUUAUCUACUUUGAAAAAUACGAUUUGUUCACUCAUAUAAAUCAUGCACUUAUUCGGGACGAUACAAUUGCAUAAAAAGAACAUCCAAAUCAUUAAUUAAUGUUGUUAAAGAUAAAAGACAAAAUAGUGAUGAACUUCGUUCGGUGCAUACAUUCGACAACAAUAUUUGGACGUUUAUGAAAUGUGCGAGAGUUAUCACUAGAAGAUUGAAUAUACAAAACAAAUGUACGAAUGUACGUAUACAAAAACGAAAUAUCUUUUCAAGGUUAAAAAUGAGACCGAUGAGAAUGAUUAUAACGGGUGUGAUUACGUUUCCGAUAAUCUGCAAAUAUAUUCACGCAUUAAGUAGGACAACCAACGUAAGUUGGUUUUUUCUUUCAUUGUCAGUUUUGUGCUCGUUUAUAAAAUUAUAACGUUAUACGAGUGGCAUAGUGACAUAUAAAAAGCGGAUAUUACUAUGAUCAUCCAAUGAAAUUUCAAAAAAUUACGAUAGAGUUUAAGGGCUUGACGAUCGGAAGUUGAUGGAUCCGGAUUGUUGUAAAGUUGGAGAUGUAUAUCGCGAUUACAAUGGUGAUCAAAUUAGAGAGAUUUUUUAAAACAAAUUAAGAAUCAACAAGAAGACUAUCUUACGUGUAAUUUUUCAUCUUCGAAAUUAUCAUUCGAUUGCGCAAGUACUAAGAAGCGAAUAACAUUUAUUUAAGAGCAUAUUGUACGCAAUGUCUCUUUGCGUUAGAUUCAAUAUUUUCAAUAUUGAGAGUAAAGAUGUAAAGCUACAUUGCACAGCUAAGCAAUCUCAUGUAUAAGUAUUAAUGAUAUUAGAAUGCUAAUUAAUUCUUGUAGAAUGAUCGAUAGAUCAACAUGUAUUAUACCACAUAACACAUAUUGAGAUUAUUUGAACGAAGCUAUAGCGCCACCGCAUAACAAGUGCAUAUAUACCAAUGUUGCCCGUAAGGACUACUAUCCAAAGAACCUUGUUGAAUACGUGUAGUCCUUGGUAAUCAUGGAGUACAUAAGGUUACGUUGAAGGACUGCUGCUUGGGAACCUUGCUGUACAUUGGCAGUUUAUGACAUUAACACAGUAUAUACGCAUGCGUAUAGUUGAUCAUUAUAUCUAUUGACUUUAUCGAGUAAAGAUCUUUGUUGAAUUCAACUAACGUAAUAACAGGACUAUCGAAGUUGUUAAUUAAAAAAGUGAAUAUCGAUGAAUUUUUUUUUCGAUUGCGUUAUUCUAACUGAUAUUCUCUGGAAUGAUAUUAACACGCGUGUAAAGUGAUUGUAUUCGAAGAUUCACGAAAAUCUUUUACUUCCGCGUAAAACGAGUGUCGGAUGAUAUACAGGUUCGAUUGAGAUAUUAUUUAAAGAUAAAAUAUAAUAUAUAUAAAUUUUGCUUUUUGAGGUGCCUUGAAACUUCCAAGUGUCCUAUGUUAUAACUUUUGACCAUUUUUUAUGCACCCAGUAGGGAGUGAAGGAUACGUAAUAAAUUUCGAUAUUUACCCUCGUGCACAAAGGGUGAUUGCUUCAAUUUUCAUGUGAAUAAAGUUUUACGGCUUUACGCGAUUAUCCUCGAGUCAGUUCAUUAAUAAAAAUGUGAGUUUUGAUAAAUUUGGAAAUUUAUAUGUCUGCUUCCAGUAGACGACAACCGUCCGAAAUUGAUACAACAAGAAUUCGUGAAAUAGAAAAAUGCAAAAGGGUCUUUUGUAUUCGCGUAACUAAUUAAUUGAAUGUAUUAUACUUUUCGUAUCGGUAUUAAUUCACAACUAAUCAACGUAAAUUUGCGUAUAAACGUGACACUUGUAAACAUAUUCACGUGCAAUCUUUUUCAUUUACGCAUUAUAUAUAUGCAUAUAUACACAUGAAAAAUACAUUUUCUCCUUGAGUUAGUGAUAAACAAUAUAAUAUUACUAUAUACAAUUAAAACGUUCAAGUUGUAUACCUUAGACACUUGAGGUGCUCUAGUAAAUCGUGAUCGAAUCAGAUUCCAUAAAAAUAAAGUAAGAUAAGCCUUGUGCAUUGAACGUUAUAUGCUUCAAAUCGAACAGUAUUAUUAAAAAUCUGGCGAAUAAUCGAUCAAUUGUAUAUUCAAGAAAAUUAAACAUUACAGUCGCAUUGAUACUUAUCCAUGUUUACUAAAAAUUCAAACGCGAGUGACAAGGUGUUAGUAACGAACUACAAACUGUCAACUUGUUCUCUGAAUUCAGACUAUUGCGAAUUCUGCAUCAACAAAAAGCUGCGAAUCUCUUAUCGCGGUUAUCUUGUCUAAAUAUCCACGUUAUAUUCGUUUAAGACAAUUUUUAAUAUGGUGAAAAAACAAUAUUUGCAAAAUUUAAAACGGAACAAUAAUAUCUCUUAAGUUCAUCCGACGUUGUUAUCGCGAUAUACGGAUUCAAGAGAGAAAAACAGAUAUUACAGAAGACCUAUGGCAACGGAGCCAGAAUGCGUGAACAAUAAUGAGCGAACACGCAAGUGCGGUUAAUGUUAAGAAAAAUCUCAGGGGUGCUUCUUGGGGCACUAGGUAAGAUAGGAAAUAGAAACAAACGGUUCGCGCGAGUAAAUAGAUGGUUCGAAGGGCCAAAAAAAAUACAGAAACUGGACGAAUCGAUGACAGUGACUUCGACUGGUUAGAGCGACUAGCUUUAGGAUGCACUUUCAAAGCUGUAAUGAAAGCAACGCGACUCUUCGGGCUCGCUCGCAUAAGCAUUGACACAUAAAGAACGAAACAAAAAAUGGACAGAAAGCUGUGUCGCGCGAUCCUUUGAAACUUCGUUCUUCCUCGGAGACAUUCGGGCACUCUCGAUCAACGACCAUCAGUCACGAUCGAGAGCAUUGCGGGACCCGUACCUUUCUGCACUAUCGUGUCGAGUCUUCCUAUUGCAUUGACUACCGUGGGAAGGGUUUUUACAUCUUAUCGCCUUGUUGAAAAAUCUUAACUUGUCUGUUAAACCUAAAAAUUCCACAAACAUAAAUAAGAAGAAAGCUAAGCUAAAGAUAGGGUCAGAAAAUGUUAUGUAUACUAUGCGUAUGAAUCUAACAAAAAAGGGGGAUACAGUGCUCCCGUGUAUUGGUUGUAUGCGAAGUUAUGCAGAUACACAGAGGAACAUAAUGAUCUGGGAUCUUCAAUCGAAUAGGCCAAUCGUAUCCGAUAAAUAUUUUUUAUAUUAUUUUAAUUGAAAAGUGCACCUUCGAGCACAAGCACUUUUAGUAUGGGCUGGUCUUCCUCGUGGUAUAAGAUUUUAUUUGCCUUACGCGAUAUCGACAUUAGUCUAUGAUAGGAAGAUAGGACAAACAGAAAAGAAACUGAUAAUCGCAGAAGAGGAAAGCGGCUCGCUUCGGGCUUAUCUUUAGAGUAAAAGAAAAAAUGAUAAACGAAAUCAAAAGGAUCGCGCGAUAUUGCGCAAUGACGAGAUACCACAAUGUUGCUAGACGUUUUGUUGCUUAAUCGUACUUGUUGACACGUAACGGUUAAUGUUAUGUUUUUAACAUUCGUGUGAUGGUGUAAGCCACUGUUGUUACUUCCCCUUUUCUUGUUUAUGACGUAAUAUUAAGUCCCAAUUCCUUGUCUGAAAUCCCCGGUUAAACAUAUAGUAUAAUAGUUUAGCAAUAUCGAAUACAGUAGCGUUCCGAAUAUCGUGUAAAUUAUUCACUAAUGCUUUUUCUACUCGUCGCGGCGCUGUCGUCGUUAAUCGCGCGAACAUGUGAGACAACAUUGACACUGUGUUCUUCUUCUUCGCGCCUUCAUCGAAGACAAGCGGUUGAUGAUUCCCUGAAUCGCACGUACUACCUUAUAUAUAACGUUACCAUUAGUUCCAUAUUCACCUUACGUAAAUAAGGCAUUAGCUGAAACGAUAAUCUGACAUUACGGGAUAAUGUACGGUGGUAAAUGUUUUUCAUUUUAAUCCGAAUUACGCGACACGAUUUCAAUGAGCUUUGCUACCAAGUUCUAUUUAGCAUUGCAGCUGUUAAAGAGAAAAUAUUCAAAAACUCUAAAGGUAUGUCAAACACUCACACGAGUAUUUCGUACUCGUGCUCGAUACUUUUCUUUACAAUAUUUAUCCGCUUAGAAUGUUUCAUUCGACAAACCUACGAUGGUGUUACGAUCGCAGGCGAGUCACACGGUAUUACUUACGCAUUCGAUGCAUAAUAGAGUAAGAAAUAAAUGUGAACUGUUGUAAUAUUCUCAGCUCUAUUCGUGCUUUGGGGCAUCGUCUUACGUACGCCGCGAUUCGAUUACUGCCGAGCUUUACCAAUCGACUCGUAUUUCGUCCAUAAGUACGAAUAUAUUAUUUGACCGUGAUAGAAAAUUAUUCCAAUCGCAAUCCCUUUUUUUUACUCCUAAGGCAUGUUCUUUUUUUUGCAUCGAUUUUACAUUCAAUCAACAUGGAACGUCGGUACGUCUAGCUCAAAAAAAAGUGAUUUAAAUAAGGUGACAAAUUUAAUGUAGAUCAUUUGCGAAUUUCGAUAACGUAAUUUCGAUCGUUCAAAAAAAAAUAUUAUCAACCGCUAUACUCGUUAGUUGUAAAUCGUCAAAAUGACUCCUGAAACAAGAUCGAAUGAUUGAAUGAAGCCAAAAGAUUUUUAACGAAGAUGUAGAAAAAUAGUUGAAAAAAAAAGACAUGGAUGUCCCACUACGAGUCUUAUAACAACAGCAGUUCGAAUUCAAUGGUAGGUCCUUUAUAAAUGAAAUAUUGAACGUGUAACUCGACCCCGUACGUAAUCGAUUGCUCCAUCAUAAAUACUCUCUGUAUGUGUCUCUAAAUAAAUACUCUAACUAAAUAAAUGCUAAAUAAAAAAUAAAAAACAUAGUAACAGUAGGCGUGUAGACGCGUGAAUCGCGUCGAGUACCGUACGUUACCUCCUUGAUUUCAAUGCGUGCUAGCCACAUAUAUGAUACCCAACAUAAAUGAUAAAGAUAAAUUAUGCGAUACUAUGCGUACUAUUAUCACGAUAUGUGUCGAUGUUAUUACCUAUUUACCUACAUCUAGUCAGCCUAUCGCGCCGAUGGAAAGAAAAAAAAAAUGAAAAAGAACAAAACUUAAAUAACUAAUGGGAGUUUAUGGUCUAAGUAAAAUCUAGACGUAAGGUAAUUACGUAGUCAUUAGUUGCGGUGCAUAAUAGCUGAUCAUACAAUUUGCCGAGAUAGAUCCAAUUUCGUCCGUGGCAAGGGGACGGGAUAACUGAUGAAAAAUAUAAAAAUCUUUGAGGUUAAGUUUAAUCUUAAGUCAAAACUCUACCCAAUAAGCUACCUAGAGAUAGAUACUUGAGUUACUCUGUCGUAUUUUUUAUUUUAGCGUUUCGGGCGGAUGACAUAAUUAUUAAGUGUGAUUACAUCGAUGUGGAUUUAAUAAGAGCCGUGUAUACGUUAAUGAUGUUCUUAACGAAAGUAAAGAAAUCGUGAAUGAGCGAAAACAAAAGAAAAAAAAAAAUUACCAACAAAGAUAUCAGAAAAUUUCGAGAUACAUUUUUGUCACAUUUUUCGAAAAAAAAAAAAAAAAAAAAAAAAAAGUACGAAGAUAAUCGCAACGAGUGCGAAAAUACCAACGUCACGUCCUGACGUACGUAUGUUCGCGCUAUUUGCCUCUACGUAACGAUUACAAGUCGUCGUAAUUUAAUUGUAUGACAAUAUAGCAUUAAAAUUUGUGAGACGGAGACCAGAAGCCAGAGUGAAGAAAAAAAAAGGAAGUAAAAAUCGUUAAGAAAGAAAAUGAUAACGCGUGAAUUCGUUUUUCCCCGGUAAAUCACGCGAACAGAAUUAUCGUUCCAGGCGUCGGAGGAUCGCCGAUACUUUAUAAACGUAACCAAUCGCGAGACGUGACUCGUUACGAGAACAAACCGAACAGCAUGCGUAACUCCAGCGUAACGAGUUGCGUCUUGCCGAUGGAUACCAUUAGGGGAACGCUAUUCAAACCAGAUCAGUUUUCCCUUAUAGCUGAUGAAUAAGAGUAAAGGGAGUUCGGUUCCACCUCAGAACCGAUCCCUUACGGCGAGCCUAAUAAAUACUCAUUCUUAGCUUAAGCGUUGAGCAGCUAGACAUGCUAACCGGAUGACUUUAAAACUAUGGAAUAAAUAAAUUAGACGUGUUUAAGAAUACUUUAAGUAUAUCGUAGUAGCGAUUGAGAUAACAACGAAUCUACGGCGCGGGUACUGCGCGUAGCUGAGAAUUGGAUUAGAGGAAAAAAAAUAUAUAAGAAAUUAGGUAAAAGCUCGGAAUGAGAUACAUGUGUGUUAUGUGUAUUCAUAUGCAGCGCCCGUGUCGUGGUCGUGCUUAGUACUAGUUUGCACAAAGAAUGCGAUUAUUUAUCUCAUAAGUGUAUACCACACCAAAGCAAACAACCAACCAAUGAAGAUUAAAUCAUACAUAAAAUGCGAGUUCUAUCUGUCAUCGUUAUUAUUAAGAAUUAUCCGAGUUUGGAAAAACUCUAAAAUUAGGAUGUAAGCGUGUAAAAGACAAGUAGUGGAACGUGAGUGGGCGUAGUACAAUGAUAGAUCCGUUAUACUGUUGUUCGUUGUGCGCAUGCGCGCGCGUCAACGUCAUGUAUCCUUGGGACGUGCGCGCGCACGUCGGAAUAUCAGUACGGAGAAAAAACAAGGGGUUUCUUGGGUAAUCAGGACGUAACGUUCGAUCGUACCUAGAGGCAGAGUUCAAAUUGGCCAGGGCUUGCAACCCUAAACAUUUCUAGUUAACCAGCACCGGAAUCCAUUGUCUCGUGAUUCUUACUUUCUAAGGCGAAGCGAAAAUGACGCCGAGAGCCGGAAGUAACGGUGGGAAAAAUGUUUGGCCAAAUUCGAGCGCUUGGAACUCUGCGACUAUUUGUCCGAGAAGACAAGGGAUGAGUAAGGACAAUGGGGAUAGAUCGGAAGGGUUAACCACACGGUAGGUAGCAGCCAUCUUUCUGAAGUAAAUCACAGGUGCCCGAGUCGUCGCGAUGACUGCGCAAAGAAUGCGAGAUGUCAUUUGAAUAUUCUUCAAACGGAUGAUUCAUAUCAGAUUCUCCAUUCUGGUCUUCCGACAUUGAAGUAUCUCAUGAUGCGCUCCGGCCCUUAUUUUUUCUUUGGCUUGACAAGCUUACCUUUCCUUGAGGUGUACAUUCCUUUUUAACCUGACGAGUCCUUUGCUCGUCUUACUAUAAAUAUAUGAAAUGUUUGUCCAGCUAUUCGAUCGACGAACGUUCCUUCAAUCCCAUGACUAUUCGGUAUCGGUGUGACGAUGAAGGAAAGUCAUUUGCUAAUCAGUUGUUACUCAUUACGAUCGCCAUAAUGGAUUACAAAACAUUUUCAAUGUUUCCUAGUCAUUGUGGUAGUUAUAAGCUCUACUAAUAAUAUAGAUGUGUUAAGUUAAUUGAAUACGAUUACGGAUACUAUGAUUAGGGUGUUGUAACCGCAAGGUAUUAUAUGAUAUUUAACGAUAAACACUACGAUAAUGUUACGAUAAUAUGGUAAUCUCUAUGCAUAAUGUUUUCUGAUCUAUCUGUAGGCAAGGAAGCACGUACGUCAGUGUCGUGUGGAAAAUUUAAACGAAAAAAAACAUUGAAACAACGUAAAGACGUUACCUGUCAGUAACUACUGUAACAAUGAUGAAAAAAACCCUUCUACCCGCGUUAGAAAUGGGGCACGGUGUACUUGAAGUGCCCUUUAGAUAAUCUGUUAAAAUAUGGUUAACUUAUUAUUAUAUAAAAUAAUCUGUAAUAAUAAAUAUUCGAGUAAGCGUAA